CAGGCCUGGACACCUGGCGUGACCGGACGUGGGCUGUUCCUACCGUGGACAGCAGAGAUGUGGACAGACUCACCGAUGGAGAGCAGGAUGAUAGCUAGUUGGAGGGGGUGGCGAGUGGGGGCAGGUUACCCAUCUUUGAAUUAGGAGUGAAAAGGUGGCCUACGGCUCUUCCUAAGGGAGAGUGAGCAACACACCUACACGCAUCGUCUUGUGCUCCAUAACAGGAUGCGUGGCAGGUUCCUGAGGCGCCUGGUGGCUGAGGAGAGCUGGCACUCCACCCCCGUGGGGCUCCUCCUUCUUCCCGUGCUCCUGGGGUCCCGCCUUGUGCUGCUGGCUGCCAGUGGGACCGGGGUCUAUGGCGAUGAGCAGAGCGAAUUCGUGUGUCACACCCAGCAGCCAGGCUGCAAGGCUGCCUGCUACGAUGCCUUCCACCCCCUCUCCCCACUGCGCUUCUGGGCCUUCCAGGUCAUCUUGGUGGCUGUGCCCAGUGCCCUCUACAUGGGUUUCACCGUAUAUCAUGGCAUCUGGCAUUGGGAAGACUCGGGAAAGGUGAAGAAGGAAGAGGAGACCCUGACCCAACAAGGACAGGGCAGCACAGAUGCCUCAGGGGCUGAAAGGCCCAGGCUGCUCUGGGCCUAUGUGGCACAGCUGGGGGUGCGACUGGUCCUUGAGGGGGCAGCCUUGGGGGGGCAGUACCAUCUGUAUGGGUUCAAGAUGCCCAGCUCCUUCGCAUGUCGUCGAGAGCCUUGCCUUGGCAGUAUAACCUGUAAUCUGUCCCGCCCCACUGAGAAGACCAUUUUCCUAAAGACCAUGUUUGGGGUCAGUGGGCUCUGUCUCUUCUUUACUCUUUUGGAGCUUGUGCUUUUGGGCCUGGGGAGAUGGUGGCAGACCUGGAAGCAAAAAUCUUCCUCUUCUGACUGCUUCCCAACUUCAGAGAGCACCAGGAAACACAAGGAACCAAACGAUAACUUCCCAGUGGUGGAAUCAAAAGACCAGUUCCGAACAGCAGGUGAGAAGGGCACUGAUGUCCUUUUUUCUUCUUUGACUCAAAUUAUAAGAGAAAAUUUAUUUAGUAAGUCACAGAGGUAGAAGAAAUGAGCUCAGGGAACAAACUACAGAAGCAAAAGAAAGGCCCUUGCAGUUUAAGAGAGGAAGGUCAAGGUAACACAUCUGGAGGGAGAGACUGGGGAGGGGUGGGUCACUGCUCCCGGAACGUUGGGUCCCUCUAGGACUUUUCAUGGUGGAAGUCUUAGAGGAGGUCCCAGGGGCUGAACAGAAGAUUCAUCAGCUUUCCAGGUGUGUCCUUUCAGGGUCGUGGUCUACACUGAUUGUAGCACCAGGGCAGGGGGUCAUCAGUCAAUGCAGCUGGUCCUGAGGUCAGCAGUAGUAUGGCUUCUCUGGUUUUGCUGCUUUUCUGGGCCUGGGGCUGAAAUACAACUGAGGCUUAGAUGUUAUCUCUAGGGAGGAAAGUUUGUGGGUCUAAACUGCAUAACCAGCAAUGUCCUUGGGGAGGAAAGUCACCCUGCUGGGCAAGAUCUUUGUUUUCCCAGUUUUGCCCGUUGCUAGGCACCUGGGGCUUUCUGCCCUGGUGACCCUCUGUACCUGACCCACCGUCUUUCCUCUGUUCAUGUCUGUCUAAUUGCUUACCACAGUUACAGUUCCAAUGCAGAGCAAUACAAAUAUGUAAAUUAUUGCAGUCUUAAAAGUAACAGCCAAAUAAUGUCUAAGUAAAAUUUUUUGAAACCAACUUGGUUUUGACCAUUGCAGUGGAGUUUUCUCUUUCCAAAUGUCUUAGCUGUCAUCAGGGUUGAGAGGUGAGGUUAAGAGUUGCAAGCUACUCUGGUGAUUUAAGUGCUGGAGUCCUAGGCAAGCUGCACCUAGGAGGGCAUUGUGGGCCCUCCAGGAGGACUAGAGGUAUCUAUGUAGCUGGGCCUGGAGUGGAGCUAGCUGGGCCCAUUAGGCUUAGUGUCCCUGAAGCCACUCUUUUUCAGCUUCAUUCUCCAGGGAAAGGAA